AUGUGCCAGUUCUUGACUCAAGUGCCAGGGGGAAACCACGAGUCUGGCACAAGUAGCGGGACCAUCACAGAGGCGAAUGAUGAGCCAUCCACCUCCGGCUGUCCCCCAAGAAAGAAGGCUCGCACAACAUGGGGGGCUGUGAUGGCCUUCCUCAAGGAGGAGAUCAGACCUGUUCUGAUGGAGCCAGCAAGUACCCAGGAGAGGAAUCUGAUGAAUGAUGACAACAAUCCAAGUCAUGCUAAGAGAGGCCAGUGGGCCAACAAGAGGGAGUUCAUUUUGGCAUUAGGAGGUGAAGUCAUCGGUCUGGGCAAUGUUUGGAGAUUUCCAUACCUGUGCUUCAAAAAUGGAGGAGGGGUUUUCUUGGUUCCUUAUGUUUUGAUCCUGUUCACCUGUGGAAUCCCCAUCUUCUUCCUGGAGGUAUCUCUGGGACAGUUAACUGGUCAGGGUGGAAUCACAUGCUGGAGGAAAAUAUGUCCUUUAUUUGAAGGUUUAGGCUACAGCAAUCAAAUGAUAAUGCUAUACAUUUCGAUGUAUUAUAUUGUCAUCCUGGCUUGGUCCUUCCGCUACCUCUUCUCUUCCUUCUACACUGUGCUCCCCUGGACCAGCUGUAACAACACCUGGAACACAGAGAACUGCACUGAUUUUGGUCAGAAUUACUCACUUUAUGGUCACAUCAAUGAAAAUGCAGCAUCUUCAGUUUCAGAAUUCUGGCAGAGGAGAGUCCUGGGUUUGUCUGGAGGAAUUGAGGAGUUGGGUAGUAUCCGCUGGGACCUGGCAGGUUGUCUUCUUUUAAGCUGGAUCAUCUGUUAUUUCUGUAUCUGGAAAGGAGUCAAAUCAUCAGGAAAGGUUGUCUACUUCACCGCCACGUUUCCCUGUGUGAUGUUGAUUGUAUUGCUGGUCCGUGGUCUGACAUUGCCAGGAGCUGUAGAUGGAAUUCGAUUUUAUCUUUCUCCUGAUCUGACCCGUCUGACUGAUCCUCAGGUGUGGAUGGAAGCUGCGAGCCAGAUUUUAUUCUCAAAUGUUGUCUGCUUAGGCUGUUUGCCAGCUAUGGGAAGCUAUAACAAAUACAACAACAACUGCUACAGAGACACCUUUGCCUUGUGCAUACUUAACAGUUUAACCAGCAUUGUUGCUGGCUUUGCUGUCUUUCCCGUCCUUGGCUUCAUGUCGUAUGAGUUGGGUGUCAACAUCUCAACUGUGGCUGAAUCAGGUCCUGGCCUGGCAUUCAUUGCUUACCCUCGGGCAGUGGCCAUGAUGCCUUUACCGCAACUCUGGGCUGUCUUCUUCUUCAUUAUGAUAAUCUUUCUUGGACAGUCAGGUGAAUUUGUUGGUAUGGAAGGCUUGGUGACAUCCGUAUCAGACAUGUAUCCAUCCUUCUUUCUCACUGGUCAUCGACGUAAACUACUCCUGCUGUUCCUCUGUGUUGUUUGCUUCUUUAUUGGCCUGAUUAUGGUGACCGAGGGAGGACUUUAUGUAUUUCUGCUGUUUGACUACUAUGCUUGCAGUGGAAUACCAAUCAUGUUUUUUGCCAUUUUGGAAACCGUUUGUGUGGGAUGGAUAUUUGGUGCUGAUCAUUAUUACAACAAAAUAAAGGACAUGAUUGGCUACUACCCCUCGUCUUACAUGAAGUAUUGUUGGAAGUUCUUCACACCAUCUAUCUGUGCUGUAAUGUUGCUUUUGUCUCUGGUGAAGUUCACCGCUCUGAAAUACAACAACACCUACCAGUACCCCUGGUGGGGCUAUGCCAUCGGGAUAGUUCUUGCUCUCUCUUCAGUUCUCCUGACUCCUCUGUGUUUUCUCUACCGCAUGGCAGUAGCCCGAGGAACAGUGAGGCAGAGGCUGAAAACUUUAUGCAUUCCAGCAGCUGACCUGUGUAAUGGAUCCCCAAAGAAGACUCUUCACCCUGAAACACCUCUAUCCAGUACAGAGCUGUGUGCCUUAACUGAAAAACCAUAAAAUGUCAGGUUUGAAGAAACUGAUCGUGUUGUUGCCAGAGGGAGUCUCUAUAUCAAAA